UCUCUCUCUCUCUCCCCCAGAGAGAGAAAAGAGAGAGAUGUCAUGAGACAUGCCAUCUAGCAUGUCAUCGCGGCAGUUCCUGGGACCUGGCAUCGCCAUGGCACUUUCCCAAAAGCUCUACUGUAGCAUAGAGUAAGCAAGGGGUGAUGUGGGAAACGAGACCCAAAAGUCAAGCAUCAGGUCGUCGCUUCGAUUCCGCGUUGUGCAGCUGGUUGAAGCUUUAUGAGAUCAUCAGGUUCAAUCGGAGUUCCCCUCCGGCUCUUGCUCAAUCUUUCCCUCCUCCUCUUCUUCUUCUUCCUCUUCUCUUUGAAGAGAACUGAGAAGAAAAAUUUGAUAACCCAGCACUUCUCAAGCAGAGCCCAUGAAGUCAAACGGAGAGAGCUCAUCAAUGCGAUCCUCGACUACGAUUUCCACUUACUUCGCUCUUCUCUGCUCGCGCUCUCCUCCUUCUUUUCUCUCGCCACCUCCGACCCUCGAAUCACCGAGGCGGGCUUCAUCUGUGGGAGCUCCAAUGGACUCCUCACCGAAAAAGUCAUCCCCAACUACAUCGCCAUCAUGAGGGAGAUCUCCGAGAGCGUCGCCGACCAGCGCUGGGGCAAAUACUCCCUCGCCUCACCGCCACCGGCGUUGUAUGGCCUCGCCCAGUGCUACGGCGACCUGUUUGAGAACGACUGCCUCCUCUGCCAUGCCCUGAGCCGCAGCCGGCUCUACGGCUGCGUCCCCAACUUCGGCCGGCUCUACCUCGACGGCUGCUUCCUCCGUUACGAUGGUUACGACUUCUACAAUGAGACCGUCGAUCCAACGCACGACAUGCUCAAGUGUAGCUCCAAUUCCACAGUCCCGGCGGACCAGAGGGAGAGAGUGGCCGAGUUCUCGGACAGGGUAGACCGGGUGCUGAGGAAUGUCUCGGCAAGCGCGGUACAGAACGAGGGCUUUGCGGUGGCUGGGGAGGACGGAGUCGGAGGAGUCGCCGGGGUAUAUGCUUUGGCGCAGUGUUGGAGCACGGUUGAUGCCGGCGGUUGCAGUGUUUGUUUGGAGAACGCAACUUCAAAGGCGCGAAGCUGCGCACCCGGAGAAGAAGCGCGGGCCAUGAAUGCGGGAUGCUUCCUCCGUUACUCCACCACGAAGUUCUACAACAUCCCAGUUAAUGGAGGUUCAUCUAGGGUCCGCAUCACCAUAGCAAUAGCCUCAUCGGCUGCUGCAGUGACUUCGCUUGUUCUCAUUGGUGCAUACAUUGGAUACAAAAAGUACUUCAAGAAGAAACGAGUACAUCAUAGCCUCACACAAUUACCAAUGACCGUGAGCAAGUUUAGCUUAUAUUUCAAGUAUGAGACACUAGAGAAGGCCACCAACUUCUUUGAUGACUCGAGGAAGCUGGGGCAAGGGGGCGGCGGUUCUGUGUACAAGGGGAAUUUACCUAACGGGAAGGUCGUCGCAGUUAAGCGGUUGGUGUUCAACACGCUACAAUGGGUGGACAACUUCUUCAACGAGGUGAACCUUAUCAAUGGGAUCCGACACAAGAACCUCGUCAAGCUUUUGGGAUGCAGCAUUGAAGGCCCGGAGAGCCUCCUCAUCUAUGAGUAUCUUCCUAAUGGAAGUCUCGAUCAAGUUCUUUUCGGUAAGUAG